UGAAACAUGAGGGGGACGCCAAGUCAAAUGAACGGAUCUCCUUGAAUUCCUUCUCCUCCUUAACCAUUUGCUGCUUAACUUCUGCAAUUAGGGUUUAUCGGAUUCCUUCGUCGAUCUUUUGGGUUCAGUAACCAUGAGAGCCAUCCCAAAACGUGAACGCGAAGCCGCCGGUACUAGCCGAACAAAUGGCGCCGACCGUCUCCGAGCUGUAAAGACCGAACGACUAAGGAAUGCUCGAGUCGACGACGCUGGUCAUGAGUCGAGCCAGGAGAAUGAGCAGGACCCAGCGAGUCGGAGGGCGAUUCGGUCUCAGUACUUGACACUUGUGAAUUUAAUAAAUGAGAAAAGGGAUGAUUUGGUGAAGACGGAUUCGGAAAAGUUUAAUACCAUCAUGGAGGAAGUAGAGAGGUUACAUGAGCACGUUCAGAAGCCAAGAGAGCAAGUUGCAGAUGCUGAGGCGCUUCUUGACCUGGCUACCACUUUGGUCGGUUCCGUGAAGUCUCUGCUCAGUGACGGUGCUACCCCUUCAGAGUUUGUUAGCUGCAUGAUUAAUGAGUUUGGACAGUCCAAUAGGGGUUUGAGCAGCGAAGAGAGUCCCCAAAACUCAAUUAAUUGGAAAGAUGUUGGAUUGGCUGUGUCACCAAUUUUCAUGAAGGUUCAUGGCUGUUGCACCAUGCUCGGUCCGAUGGAAAAUGAGUUGAAGCAACGGAAGGUAGCAGGUCAAAGAAAACGUGCGAGGCCAACUGCUAUGGCUAGGCCUCAACAGAUUGAUGAUGCAGCAAGAGAGGAAAGAACUGAUACUGACAAGAAUAUGGCGACAAUGUUUGAGAUAUUGAGGAAGAAGAAACAUGUUCGGCUGGAAAGCCUAAUGUUGAAUAGGAAAUCUUUUGCUCAGACAGUGGAAAACCUGUUUGCUCUAUCAUUCUUGGUUAAAGAUGGUCGUGCUGAGAUAUCCAUGGAUAAGAAUGGUUCUCACUUUGUCUCACCGAGGAAUGCUCCAGCAUCCAACUCAGUUAUGUCUAAACAAGUUUCUUACAGUCAUUUCGUGUUCAGAUAUGAUUUUGAAGAUUGGAAGCUGAUGAAGGACAUGGUGCCUGAUGGAGAGGAGCUAAUGCCUCAUAGGACUCAGUUCUGCACAGCGAUUGCCAGCCAGGAAGAGACUACUGCAUGCAAUUCCCAGCCAGCAUUGGUCACAACGCCGAUCAGGAAGCUAACCCGGAACCGAGGGCUUGUUGUGCAAGAGAAAAGUGUGGUGGAAGAAUCUCCUGAAUGUAAUGAGGAAAAUGCUUCCAGAGCUAAUGCAAUUCGUAGAUGCAGGCUUAAGCUUGAAGAAUAGAGUUAGAAGCCUUCUAUGAUCAACGAAAACUUCCAGAAGGCAUGCAUUACAACAUUGACGGGAUGGAUCGGGGGGAAGUUUUAAGGGACCAUAUCAUAAAAUUAAUCAAAAUAUUGUCUAAGGAUUCCUGGCAUUUCAAUAUCAAAGAACGAUAAUAAAAAUUUGAUAAACAUGUAUGAAAAUAAGAUUUUUGGGGGAAGGACAUGUUUAUCUUUAUAAUGUUUUGUAAGUCUUGUCCUCA